GCAUGCACCCUGCCUGAGAGAGUCACGUUAGGGACACGAGGACAGUGGAUUAUCUAAAUGAGUAUUAGGAGCAGCUCCGUUCUGAUGUCACGCCACACUCUCAGUGAGAGCUUACAGGCGAUUUGGUUGUUGAAACCUAGAGAAUGGAUUUACAGUAGGAGAAAAGUAGAUAUAUUGCUGGAGUGAACUUUCUUUGGACUGAACAAAAGAGAAGAGCUUUAUUAGACAUUGAUCUCUGCGGCUUUGAGGUGUUGUUCAUGUUUCACUCCAGGCUUUCUGACUGAACACCAAGGUCGCCAACGCAACAGCUGAUAUUACAGACAGCUGUAACACGCACCAGAAGAUAGCAUUACAGUCUCCCUGUGUAGCAGGAACAGGUUGAAUGUCCCCCAGAGGACUCAGUGUGCAACUGGGUGUUACAGAAAACCUGAAAGUGCUUUGUGCUAGUCGCUGAGAUCAUGUACGUGCUGUCCACACUGCUGCUGCUGUCCAUCCACAGCCUGCUGAAAAGAGAGAAGGCUGUGGACCUUCAUGAAGCCAAGGCAGCAGAGUACAGUGAGAAACCGAGCAAAAAAUCACCCUAUACACAGCGCAGGAAAGUGGGAAAUCCUGUCAGGGGCGGAAACCAGGGCCGACGCAUGUCAUGCAGCACCACCCAGCUGGAGGUACCUGAGUGCAGGAAGAGAGCCCAGCGGUACGCUCUGCUUGGCCCGGCGGUCAUGUUUGGCACAAGGAAGACGUGGGACCUCGGCCACACCCCCUGCCUGCAGGAGCUCUGGAACAAAGACCUCUCAUUGGACGCAAGCUCAGUGGAUUUCCUGAUCAGCGAUGGUGAGGAGGAAAGCUCCUUCCUGACGCUGCCAAACUCAGUCCUCCAACGCCGCCGUUUGACCUCGGACCUCUCCGAUCCCACCCUCUCUGACCAGCAGCUGCUCAUACAGGCUCUUCAAGAGAAAGUGUGUGAAUUCCAAGCUCGUUUGCGUAGCGAAGACGCCACCGACAGGCGGCUUCUACACCGACUACACGCACCGCAGGUCAGUCAAGACCAACAGAACAAAGCAGACACAAGCCAAGAGCAUCCACUCACCAAUCAAGAGAUUCUCGAACAGGACAGCCAGCUCAGCCAAGCUGGCUUCAACACAAGUGUACGGCGAUUGAGUGCAGGAUCCCAGCAUCCACAGGAUUAUUCUGACAUUGCUGCAGAGAGGAAAGUUCACGCACAGCCUCGGCAUAAAGAAGAAGUGCACCAGCUUGCUCUCAUCACAGGGCUGCACACACAGAUUGAGGAGCUGGAGAAGAAACUGGUGGACCGGACUCAGGAGGUGGAGAGACUGCGCUCUGAGCUGGGGGCGACAGACCUGGAGAAGCAGCUGGAGCUCCUAGAGAGCGAGAAUCAGCGGCUCAGACAGGAGCUUAAGUCCAGCAGCAUCCAUGAGCCUGCACACACCUGCUCCACCUCCACCUGCCCUCACAGCCAGGAGGCAGCGGCCCUACGAGGGGCACUCUCCUUGUGUGAGGAGCGCUGUAAGGAGUAUGAGCGGCACAUGGCAGAGCUCGAGCAUCAGCUUGGGGAAAGAGCGGGCGCAGUGGACGAGCUGCAUGUGCAACUGGAGGAGGCCUUACAGAGCCGAGACAAGCUUCAAGAGCAGCUCGCUCACACAGAGGAAAUACUGCGACGGCACAGUGCAGCAGCGCCAUCUCAGGCCAUGGCAGCAGAGGCUGAGUCAUCUCAGUGGAAACAGGCUCUGAUGGAGGCUCAGGCGCGUAACCAGGCUCUCCAGGAGCAGCUGGGGGUCCAGCGGCAGCUCCUCCGAGAGCUCGAGCAGAAGCUGCACGACAGCCAGAGAACCAGCAGCGAGCUUCGCCAGCAGAUCCUGGCAUAUGAGGGUGAGAUGGAGCGAACACGAAGCCAGCUAGAGGCAGAGAUUCAGAAUCUUGAGGAGGAGAAGAACAGGGUCAUCGAGGAGGCGUUCAUCAGAGCCGAGAGCGAAAUGAAAGCUGUACAUGAAAACCUUGCAGGUGUAAGGAUGAAUUUGCUGACUCUGCAGCCUGCUCUGAGGACACUUACAUGUGACUACAACUGUCUGAAGAGGCAGGUCCUGGACUUCCCUUACAUGCUGCAGAAUGCUAUUGCUGAGGCUAAGCAGGAGAUAUGCCACAUGAUUGCAGAGGUGAGCAACACCAACCAGGAGCUGCUACGCAAAUACAAGCGGGAGAUGAACCUGAGGAAGAAGUGCCACAACGAACUGGUUCGCCUCAAAGGAAACAUCCGUGUGUUCUGUCGCGUGCGUCCCAUCUGCCAGGAGGAAGCGGAGGCUGACAGCAAGUGUGUGGUGUCCUUUGACUCUGACGACGAUGCAGUGCUCUACCUUUCCAGCAAGGGCAAGCUUAUGACCUUUGACAUGGACAAGGUCUUCCCACCUCAGGCCACGCAGGCAGAGGUGUUUCAGGAAGUGCAGUCUCUGGUCACAUCCUGCAUAGAUGGCUAUAACGUGUGCAUCUUCGCUUAUGGGCAGACAGGUUCAGGAAAAACCUACACCAUGGAGGGUAUUCCUCAGGACCCCGGCAUUAACCAGCGAGCUCUGCGUCUGCUCUUCUCUGAGGUGUCUGAGAAAAUGCCUGACUGGCACUACACCAUCACUGUCAGCAUGGUGGAGAUCUACAACGAGACACUGAGGAACCUGUUAGGAGACAACCCAAGUGAGAAGCUGGACAUUAAGUUGUGUCCGGAUGGCAGCGGUCAACUGUAUGUGCCUGGUCUCACCGAGUUCACGGUGGAGAGUGUGGAGGAUAUAAAUAAGGUUUUUGAGCUGGGUCACAUGAACAGGGCGACAGCAUGUACCAACCUGAAUGAGCACAGCUCUCGCUCUCAUGCUCUCCUCAUCGUUAAUGUGGCCGGCUUCAACUCCUCCACAGGACACCGCACCUCAGGUAAGCUGAAUCUGGUGGAUCUGGCUGGUUCAGAGAGAAUAUCUAAAUCUGGCGCUGAGGGAAGCCGCCUGCGUGAGGCUCAGUGCAUCAAUAAGUCGCUCUCGGCGCUGGGUGACGUCAUCAACGCGCUGCGUUCGCGCCACUCACACGUUCCCUUCAGAAACUCACGCCUCACGUACCUGCUGCAGGACUCGCUCAGCGGAGACAGCAAGACACUCAUGCUGGUCCAGGUGUCUCCUCUAGAGAGCAAUAUCAUUGAGUCUGUAUGCUCUCUGAAGUUUGCCCAACGUGUUCGCACAGUUGAGCUUGGACCGGCCUCCUCCUCACGAAGACAUGCUGAGAACUCUUCAACAUCCUCCUCACCUACCCACGACAGCGUGGAGUUGGACUCUCCACCCGUAACUCCCGUGCCCUUACCCAUCUCCCGGGCGAGCAGUGUGGGCUCUUCUCUCUCCUCUAUCUCCAGAGUCUCCAGCACACGGAGAAGAUCCCAGAGCCAGCAAGCUCCAGACAGACAGGUAGACAGAGGCAGUCCAUUGCUUGGGGACAGUGGGCAGGACGAAUGAAGCUUGCCACAUGAUGAUAUGAUGAAGCGAGUGUGCUGAUAAACUGCCUUUCAGCAUGCUCCACCCAGAGUUUAUUUUACCCGGGGACAGGGAAGAACCAAACUGGCAAAUCAGGGAUAUGUACAGCAUUUCUGUGAGAGACUUGAAUGUUCUGUUGGUGACUGAAGAAUCUGGCGUUCCCUCCGAGCCCUUUCCUGCCUCGGGGACACGAAGACAGUGUUUGUGGACGUCUAUGCACUUUAGAAUACGCUGAUCUGAUUAUUCAUGGUGUUAAAAACCCAGUCAAGCUUAGGACUAUCACAUGACUGGCAUUGAUCUUUAAGUAUGUGUGUUCUUUCUCUUUUUUGAGAGAAAAAUGCUGGUGUAUUCUUUUUUUUUUGCUUCCACAAUGCACCGUCCUUUUUAUUCAAAGCCUAAGAACAAAGUCGUACUUACGAAAACUUGUGUAGCAGUCGCAGUAAGCAAUAACGAAGGCCGAAUCUAGCCUGUCUCUGUUAGUGGUCACGUUCUUGUUGUGUAUGUUUGGUAUCCUGAAGGCAGCAUAUUGAAGUCUUCCUGAUUACGCAUGUAUACUUUCAAUUUUGUCAUCAGCGGUGGACUUACUCAUUCCACAUUGCUGUGAAUAGGAAUGCUUUGAAUUUUCACCCACAUUCAGAAAUGCAUUUCCACUGUAUGAAAUUUUUCAUCUGAAAUGGACCACUGAGAGAGAACGGAUGUUGGUGGCUGUGGGGUUUUGCUAGCUUCAGUUCAUUUUACCAUAGCUUUGUAUGCAUCCUUGUUUUUGUACACUUUUUAAUAAAUAUCUUAAACAUGA